CAGAGCCGAUAUGGAAGUAAUUAGACGAAGAAAUUUAUUCAAAUAGCCUAGUAUUUUGGCGAUGCGAUCACGAAAGUCAAUGAACAGCGGGGCCGAAGGAAGUGCCGGCUCCUCCCGCUCCAGAUCCAGGGGCGAAUCCUCCGAACCAGACUCCUCGUCUCUGUGGCAGUGUCCAACUUGUACAUAUAGAAAUGCAUUCUCACUCUACUCUUGUGAGAUUUGCUCAACCAAGAAGCCCUCUUCCAGAGGCAGAGUUAGUGGCUCUCGAUCAAGUGUGACAUCUUCGGCUGCUGAUUCAUCCUUAGCUGAAACAGACCACGACAGGGAUUCGAAUGCAUCGGCAGCUUCAUUAGUGUCUUCUCUCUCCUCGGCUGUCGCUGGUGUGGACCCGAGGAGUAGAAGUGUCAGUCCAGACACCAUGUUACAGAAUGCGACCAGAAAACACCCCCGUAAGAGAAGGCUGAAAAUCUCAGACAUGGUCGAUCUGAAAGUGUUCACAACGACUGAAAUUACUGUCGGUGACAAAACAGUCUCUAUUUGCGACUUCAAACUGAAGAAGAUAGUGAAUCAGCAGUGUUCCAACCAAUCAGAAGUCUUCAAUAGAGCAGAAACGGACAGCCGUUCUGUGUUCAUAAAGGAAGAAUCGAACCAAUCGAUCGAUUUGGAAAGCAGUUCAAACUCAUUAACUUGCUCAUCUUCAGGUGUCAGCUCGCUAGUUUGAAAAUUGUGUUUAAAAUUAUGAAGGCUGUUUUUCUUAUGCGUUUUUGCGAAUAUCAUAGUAAAUCAAAUAAAACAUACUACGAUAUGAAAACAAGCAUGCAACUAUCAAACAAUCAGAUUACAGCAAUUUUACUAUGAAAUUCGGGCCAUGCGUAAAUUGUUGAAUCCCAAUUGUGAAUAUAAAUCAAAAAAGACCCGUUGAGGCUUCGCUCUUUUUCACUCACCAAUCCUGAUUUUUUCUUUUAAUGGCUUGUUUAGAAAAAUAUUAAGCAAGAGAUUUUUGACUUGAAUAGGUUAUAAAUCAGUCUUACAUAUUUAAUGGUAUAUAUAGAUUACUAUGAGCUGAUUAUUGUGUUAAGAAACAGAAAAUGCUGAAAUAGAAAAUGAAAUCGUUGAGUAGUUAAAAUUGCAACGCUGCAUGCAUGUAGUUUAAAUUAUUUUCAACUUCGGAUAUCGUUUUCUCGGCUCUUGUCCAGUUUCCCACCCCCUCGUAAAAUUACAAAAAAAACUGUUCAAAAGUUGUUCACACGGCGUUUGACAUGUAAAAAAAAGUAGUAAAAAUUUGUUCACUUGUUCACGUUGACGCGUUUUAAUGCAGUUUGUAAUAUGAAAAGUCAUUUUACAUAGACGUUCAUAUUGAAUUGCAAAAAAAAUCAAAGGGCUUGGAAGGGAAGGGAGGUAAAAUGGAAAAGAGCCGUUUGCUCGUAUUUGCUGAAAUAAUUAGUUAAUAUGAGCAGCCAUUUCAAUUCAAUGUUUCAAUGGGCGUAUUGAUCAAAUUUUGAUUAACUUUGUCCUUAAUAAUUGUGUUUGAUAGUUGCUUUUUAUUGAAUUUCUUUAAGUAUCCCAUGUAAUCGGAAACUGCCAAUGGGUAAAACUAACAUAUAUUAAUUGCCACUAUAAGGGGACAUUUUGUGGUUAAGCAUAAGAGAAAAUGGUACCCAGUAACAAAUCUUACUUUUCAAAGAGGGUAGGGGAGAAGGUUAAAGAGCUUUGAACGCCUCUGAAACAUUUUUGUAGACCAAAUAUUAAAUUAUUUAUACAAAAGUGUGACAUUUUAUACAGAAGUUUUUGCUGUUCAGAAUCGAUGCAUAUCACUAAUAAUAAUACUCUGUGACGUUCAAUAUAAUUUACUAAAUGAAGUUAUUUCCUGAUUUUGUUGAGGUUACUUGCCUUCGAAAUAUUGUGUUUCAAAUUGUUCUUUAUAUUCCUCUAUAUUGUAAAUCUUUAAGUAAUGCUAAGUUCGAAUAAAAAUGUUAAAUAUCAA